AGUUGGGAUGGUAUACAUUUCGUGUUUACUGUAAAAUGGAUUUUUGUUUGCUCCUCAAUAUUGCCUGCUGUUACAUCUGACUUCAAGUUAGUAUAAAGUGAGGACUGCAUCUUCUGUUUCUUGGAACUAUUAUCUCCUCUUUGGUGAAAUUCAGGUAAGGUGCCAUGCCGAAUCUUUACUCAUUUUGAAUGUUAGUCGAUUUCUAUGGCUUACAGAUUCCUAUAGGGAUGUGCCUUUGCUCAUGGGGCAGGUUCAAUUCUUCUCUAUUUUGUGGCUGUAUAUAUACUAGCUAGCUCGGUAAUAUCUCAAUGCUCAUUUUCAUUGUUCUCCUAGUUCCCGUUCUAGAUAUAUGGAACUUGGGGAAGCUGAGGUGGUUAAUAUUGAAACCAUAGCAGAUUCAUUCUAUCAUCAUCAGGCAGAUCUCAUGAUUGGCAUUCUUAUAUCGAUAUUUCAAUGCUCGUUUCAUUGUUCUCCUAAUCCUGUUCUCUUUGUUAAUUGAGGAGGCAGGGAACUUGGAGAAGUUGAACCAGGUUAUGCUAAAGUUGUAGCAGAUUUGAUUUGUUAUCAUUGAGCAAAUCUCAUGAUUGGCAUUCUUACCUUGAUUUAUGGAAUACGUUGUCUCUGGUUUUAACGAAUGGAUGGCUUAACUCUGACAUCUGCAGUAGUUGGCAAUGAAAAUAGCCUUUUUAGAUUUGCGAUUUUAUCAUAUGAUUAAGUAUUCCAAAUCCAAUGUUGAUGCUUGGUUGUCUAUAUGCCUUCCCCACUCCAGUAUGGUGUCCUGAGCUGAGGAUGAUAUAUUUUCGGCUUUAUCCUUCCUGCUUAAUACACUAGAAGAAACAAAAAUGUGGAAAGCUAUUUCCCGUGCCGAGAAAAUUCGGAUGCAGAUUUUAGAGUUCGACUUUGGCAUCUUCCGAAUAUAAUGUCGUGUUCGGAAGGAAAGGAAAUGGAGGGAGGAUGAACGACUUCGGGGAUUUAUAAUAAAAAAGAAAAAUCUAACGGACCCAAUGAAAAAUCUGAGACAGGACAGGCAGUAACAACCUCAGCCACUGUGGAUCCCAAUAUAACGGCUAAACGAACAUAUCAGUUAGCCAAAGCUCCUCUGGUCUGAGCUACACAGGACUCAUUGUAACGUAGUGUAGAGCUAGAAAGAGAGGGUAGAGAGAGACAGAGAGAUGAGCUCAGCGUUCGUCUCCUCAACACCACCGCCGUCCCUCGCCGUAGCCACUGGGAAGAGCAAGAGCGCCCCACUGCCGCCACCAUCACUGCAAGUGGCCCACCACACUCUGUCCGAGAGAGUCCACAUCCCUUCCCACGUCUACCAACACCCUGCCGCUGUCCUCCUAGAGCUCUGCACCUCCCUCAGGGAGCUCCACCAGAUUGUCCCCCUCGUCCUCAAGAGCGGCCUCUACGGCGAGCAUCUCUUCCAGACCAAGCUCGUCAGCCUCUUUUGCAAGUAUGGCAGCCUAGCGGAGGCCGCCCGCGUCUUCGACCCAAUCAACGACAAGCUGGACGUCCUGUACCACACCAUGCUCAAAGGAUACGCUAAGAGCUCCUCCCUGGACACCGCCCUGUCCUUCUUCUGUCGCAUGAAGCACGAUGGUGUGGUCCCCAUUGUGUACAACGUCACCUACCUGUUGAAGGUCUGCGGGGAUGGGGCGAACCUAAGGAGGGGCAGGGAAAUCCAUGGGCAGCUGAUCGUCAGUGGGUUUGGGUCGAACGUGUUUGCGAUGACCGGACUGGUCAACAUGUAUGCCAAGUGCAGGCUCGUCAAAGAGGCUCACAAGAUGUUCGACCGAAUGCCCCACAGAGACUUGGUCUCUUGGAACACGAUCAUUGCGGGAUAUGCGCAGAAUUGCAUGCCGCGGGUUGCGUUGGACCUGGUUGCGAGGAUGCAGGUGGAGGAGCAGCAGCCCGACUCAAUCACUCUGGUGACGCUUCUGCCGGCUGUUGCAGAUAUCGGGUCACUGAGGAUCGGGAAGUCGGUUCAUGGUUAUGCAAUCAGGGCCGGGUUCACGUCCCUUGUGAAUGUCUCCACCGCUCUCUUAGAUAUGUACUGUAAGUGUAAAUCUAUUGAUACCGCGCGAUUGAUCUUUGAUGGGAUAAAGAACAGGACAGUCGUGACAUGGAACUCGCUGAUUGACGGGUAUGUCGAGAAUGGUAACCCCGAGGAAGCAUUGGCAAUUCUCGAUCAGAUGCUGGACCAAGGAGUGGAGCCCAGCAAUGUAACUGUGAUGGGAGCAUUGCAGGCUUGUGCCGAUUCAGGUGAUCUCGAGCGAGGAAAGUCAGUUCACAAGCUUUUGAAGAAGCUCGGACUUGACUCUGAUGUUUCUGUUGCCAACUCUUUGAUUUCCAUGUAUUCCAAGUGCAAGAGGGUUGAUCUUGCAUCUGAAAUAUUCAAUAACUUGAAGGAUAAGAAAACGCUCGUCUCAUGGAAUGCCAUGAUAUUAGGGUUUGCUCAGAAUGGUCGAGUGAGCGAGGCUCUGAACCUUUUCUGCGGGAUGCACUCUCAGAAAAUGAAGCCCGACACAUUCACAAUGGUGAGCGUCAUCCCAGCAAUAGCAGAACUUUCGGUGACCCGUCAUGCAAAGUGGAUCCAUGGGCUUGCGAUAAGGUCUUGUAUGGACAGUGAUGUGUAUGUGAUGACUGCCCUGGUGGACAUGUAUGCUAAGUGUGGAAAGGUCGACACAGCGAGAAAGCUCUUCGAUAUGAUGGAGUAUCGACAUGUAAUCACAUGGAAUGCCAUGAUCGAUGGGUAUGGGACCCAUGGCCUUGGGAUAGCAGCUGUGGAGUUGUUCAAAGAAAUGCGGAAAGGGACCGUAAGACCGAACGGAAUAACUUUCCUCUGUGUUCUCUCUGCAUGCAGCCACUCAGGCUUGGUUGAAGAGGGAGUGCGCUUCUUUGAUAGCAUGAAGAUGGAUUAUAAUAUAGAGCCCUCAAUGGACCAUUAUGGUUCCAUGGUAGACCUUCUCGGUCGAGCUGGGAGGCUCAAUGAGGCCUGGGAUUUCAUCCACAAGAUGCCCAUCGAGCCUGGGAUCACGGUGUACGGAGCCAUGUUGGGCGCCUGCAAGAUUCACAAGAAUGUCGAGUUGGGAGAGAAGGCAGCAGACAGAUUGUUCGAAUUAAACCCCGAGGAGGGGGGAUACCACGUCUUGCUUGCAAACAUAUACGCAACUGCCUCGAUGUGGGAUAAAGUGGCCAAAGUGAGGAAGGUGAUGGAGAAGGGCGGGCUCCAGAAAACUCCCGGCUGCAGCCUGGUGGAGCUGAGGAAUGAGGUCCAUAGCUUCUACUCGGGAAGCACUGACCACCCGCAGUCUAAGAGAAUCUACGCGUUCCUCGAGACUCUUACAGACGAGAUCAAGGCCGCUGGAUAUGUGCCUGACACGCACUCGAUCCAUGAUGUGGAAGAUGAUGUUAAGGAGCAGCUCCUCAGUAGCCAUAGCGAGAGGCUUGCAAUAGCGUUUGGGUUACUAAACACUAGCCCAGGGACGACGAUACACAUCAGGAAGAACUUACGGGUCUGUGGAGAUUGCCACAAUGCGACAAAGUACAUCUCCCUCGUGACAGGGCGGGAGAUCAUAGUGAGGGAUAUGCAUCGGUUUCACCAUUUCAAGGAUGGGGCGUGUUCCUGCAGAGACUACUGGUAACUUUAUUGUGUGGAUUUUUAGUAAUUUUCUCCAUGAAAGUCAUUGAGCUCGAAGAAGCGGACUCCACAGCACAGAAAGGGGAUGUAGAAUAUGGUCCAGACCCGGGGCUUUGAUCACAUUCCCGUGGUUUUUGGUUGCGAUAACGGAUCAGAUAUUGUUGCUCCAAGCAUUCAUUGGGCCCUCCUCACAUUUUUCUCUACACGCGAUAUAUACCAAUUUUUGAGUCAUUGUAAACAAAGUUUUUAGUGCAGUAAGUAUUUAUGAUCUGCACAUUCUACAACACGGAGCAAGUUCUAGUCUAUAGAGGACGGUGUCGAUUAAAUGAGAAAAGUGGCUGUGUAAGCUGCAUUCUCGA